AGUGAAAACAUUUUCUUGGACUCUCAAUUAGAAGCAAAACUUUCUAAUUUCCGUACCGUUAAUGAUUCACCAAUUUUCAUGAAAUCAAUUACUAAGCAAACAGAUUCAAGGUGGACUCCUCCUGAGAAAUUUCGAGGUGAAAAUUAUACUGCUGCUAGUGAAAUUUAUAGGUAAUUAUUUAUCUUUUUAAAAAUAAAUCUAUAUAUUUAUAAUUUAGUAAAUUUAACAUCUUUUUCUUGUUUUUCUUGUUUAGUUUUUCUUUAGUUCUUUGGGAAAUCAUUAAUCAUAAAAUACCAUAUCAUGAUGAUACAAAUAUUAAUCAAAUUAAAACCAAAGUUCUUAUUGGAAUAAAUCCACAACCUGAAGCAACUGUUGGUACUCCAAUCGAAUAUCAAAAUAUAAUGAAACAAGGAUGGGAUUUAUCCUCAAAACAACGUCCUAAUGUUGAUUAUAUGUGUGAUAUAUUAAAAAGAUUAGUAACAAUAGAAAAAUAUUGGCCAGAUGAAAUAUCUAGAGUUACUGAUGUUAAUGAUGUUAAGAAUAAUUUUCUUUCUCCAAAUUCUGCAAUUAGAGGUGAUGAUGCUUCUUCAAUUCAUACAAAUUGUUCAACGGAUGGUGAUUAUAUCUCUCCUGCUGGUUUAACUAUUACUGCACCAACACAUCUUGAAAAACGUAAAGGCCUUGAUAAACUUAAUCCUUUCCAAAAACAGUUGGAUUUUGAUGAAGCGAUUAAUUUACAUAAUGAAAAAAAUUACAAUAAAGCAUGGAAAAUAUUUAAAGAAAUUGAGAAAAGAAAUCAAUCUCCAGAAGCAAAAUUUUGGGUAGGACUUUAUUAUCUUAAGGGUUAUCAUGAUAAAGGAAGUAAUGGUAAAGCAGAUCCAAGAGCAAGUAAAUAUUUAUAUCAGGCUGCGAAAGAAGGUCAUCCUGAUGCUCAAUAUUGGUACUCUAUUUCAAUAUUAAAUUAUGGUUUGAUAGCUAAAGAACAAAAAGAUGAAGAACAAUUUAAAGUCGCAAACGAUUUUUUACGUAAAGCUGCAGAUCAAAAUCAUUAUUAUGCUUUGAAAAAAUUAGGAAGUAUUAUAAGGAAAGGAGAAUAUGGUAAUAUUAGUAAUACCAAACUUGGAAAUGAUAUGAUUAGAAGAGCUCGUACUCUAGUUUCUAAAUCAUCACUUGAAACUGGUGUUAGACCAUCAUUUGAUAUCAGACCAUCCGAUAAAUUAGCACGCCAUAGUACUGUUAAUUAAUAGUAUAUCAAAAUAUUUGAAAUAUUUAUAUUUUUAAAAUAAUUUUAUUAUACAUUAUAUUAUAUAUUUAAAUUAUAACUUUAUAUAUAAAAAAGUCAAAAUAAAUAAACGAAUAUCAUAUUUUUGCAUAAAGUACA